AUGUAAAUAUUAAUUUGUCUACUUUGUUUCUUAUAAGAUUCACAUAAGUAAUUAUUGAACCGCAAGCGAAAACAAAAGAUUACGUGUAUGAACGAUAACUUUUAAUGCAAUAAGAUUUUAAGUACUUUAUUUAACCUGAGUCUUAUUAAAAUUCGAGAAAUUAAUAAUUGAGCCGCAAGCAAAAACAAAAGAUAAGAUAAGAUAGAGACGACAACUUCUAAUGCAAUGAGCAAACUAAGCUUUUGUUAUAAUGUGAGUAAAGUUAUUAUACGGCUUAUAAGUCAACCAACUCGCUAAUCGACCUAUUACUCAGCAGUCGUUAAAAUAUUUUAUAAUAAUAAAUAAGCGAAACAUGGCUUUAGACUCUUUAUCUGCUUUACGCAUAAAAUAUAAGGAAAAGAAAGACAUAUUGCUGGAAGAAAAUAUCAACGUUAAAGAACCUAUAACACUUUUUAAAGAAUGGAUGGAAUUGGCUCUAAAAACCGAAGAAAUUUUAGAACCGAAUGCUGCUUGCUUAGCAACAGUCAAUAGUAAGGGAUGUCCCUCCAAUCGUUUUGUUCUACUGAAAGACGUUAGUUCCGAUGGUUUUACUUUUUUCACGAAUUACGGCAGCCGUAAAGCUAACGAUAUGGCAACUAAUCCUAAUGUGGCUAUGACUUUGUAUUGGUGUCCAUUACGUCGUUCCAUACGUAUUGAAGGCAAAGCGGAAAAAAUAUCCAAAGCUGAUUCGAUGCAAUAUUUCCAUCAAAGACCUCGAGCGAGUCAAAUAGGCGCUUUGGCCAGUGAGCAAAGUACUCGCAUACCUUCACGUCAUCAUUUAGAUGUUGUUGAGCAGAAAUUGAAGGAUGAUUUGGGCGAUGAUAAGGAAGUUCCUAUGCCAAAUUGGGGAGGCUACUUAAUACGACCGCAGCUAAUAGAAUUUUGGCAGGGACAAGUGGAUAGGCUUCACGACCGCAUAGUAUUUCGCCGGGGGUCGGAUGUGGAUAAAGAAAUUGAUGGCACACUAGUGCACAAAGGUGAAAAUGGUUGGAUCUAUGAACGUUUGGCACCUUAAUUUAUAAAUAUAAAAGAACUGGAUCAAAACGACAAUAAUUAUUUAAAAAAAAAAAAA